AUGGAAGCAUGGAAUCGCUUGGAAGAUAUUUUUCAGGACAACCAAAAUGCUCGAGCUGUCACUCUUGAGAAAGAGUUUUCUAACACUCGUAUGGAGGAUUUUCCCAAUGUUUCAGCUUACUGUCAGCGUCUUAAGAUGCUUUCUGAUCAGUUGACAAAUGUCGGCUCCCCUAUCAACAAUCAUCGUCUGGUCCUUCAGCUGAUCACUGGUCUCCCAGAAGCUUACCGCAAUGUUGCUACUUUGAUUCGGCAGAGCAACCCUCUUCCGGCAUUCUAUCAGGAUCGUUCCAUGCUCACUUUAGAAGAAGUCGGUAUGGCUAAGAUAUCAAACACAGGAUUUCAUGCUGCUAUGCACACCAUUCAGUCGAAACCUAUUGAAGACACCUCUCAGCGUGGCAACCGCCUCCCCGACAACCGUUCUCGCUCCCGUGGCCACCAGGUACGCGGAGGGGGACGUGGUAACCGCAGUGCACCUCAGUUUGGAGCUCCCAGCGCUCCCUCACCUUGGUCUGCUCCUCCUUGGCAACAACAACAAUAA